GAGGCAGGCGUGAGCAGAACUCUGCUAACUCUGACAAAAUGUGUCGGUAAAAUCAGUUGGCGAUCGCAAGGGGAGAAGUUUAAGUGAUUGCACUUAAAGUUGUGUAUAUGAGUCACGAAUGGAUCCUAAUUCAAACCUAAUCCAGAAAGGACUGUUUUACUUUUUAUUGGUCUGUGUUUGUCUAGUACAUCAAGUGUGUAUUUCGUGGGCAGUUGAAAGCGUGAAUUUAACUCACCAACAUGAUCCUGAAAACAGGAGCAGCGGGAUAAUGUUGGCGAAAUGGGAGACCCGUUCCCAUGCCGAGCAGCAAGUCCAGUUAAACAGCACAUCCUCAGAGCAGAGAGAAGCAUGGGCUGCCCGCAGAUCCAGGGGGACUAUAGAUCCUUGUGUGGUUCUAUGCCUGCAUGGGGAUCAUUGUCUCUAUCCAGGCUCCUGCAACUGUUCCUCAUAUCAUGUUACCGGAUCACACUGCCAAACAGUUCCAAAUACAGGCUUGGAAAGAGAGAUGGCGUGUCGAUCAUGGGGGCAAUACAGUUAUGAAACAUUUGAUGGCCUUUACUACUACUUCCCUGGCAAAUGCAGCUACACACUCGUGAAAGACUGUGAGGACAGCACAACGUCAGGUGUAUUCAUACAGGUCCAUAAUGAUCCAGACUGCAAUUCUAAUCCGUACUCCUGCAGACGAUCAGUAAGCCUCUUCUUGCCAUGGGAAGGCGAGAUCAGAUUACAAGGAUUCAAUGUAACAUUCAAAGGUCAAAGUCUACAGCUCCCACAUAAUAUUCAUGAUAUUGAGCUGGAGAGGAUCUCUGACUACAUCCUGGUAUCACAGCAUCAGAUUUUCAUGCUGGCAUGGCAGGGCCAUAGUAGCUCCAUCUAUAUUAAGAUGAAUCCAGAAUUUGUGGGUCGCACCUGUGGGCUGUGUGGCAACUUCAAUGCAGAUGUUCAAGAUGAUCUGAAAACCAGCUAUGGUGUGUUCACAGACAAUCUUUCCAUGUUUGGGAACAGUUGGAUGGAGGAGGAGCCACAGCAGCUCACAUGUCCAAUGGUUCCAUCUUUCUACCCAUUUCCCUGUUCUACACAAGACCCCCAUGAUCUGCUGAAAGUGGCGGAGGUGUGUACAUCUUUACUGGAAGAUCCAUUUAAAUCCUGCCAUGAAUUUGUCAGUCCAUAUUCAUACAUGGCCAGCUGCUCUAAUGAUAUUUGCUUAUCUGGUUCCAGUGGUGAUAUGGUUUGCAAUGUGCUCACUGAGUAUACAAGAGCAUGUGCUCAUGCUGGACACCCAUUGCACAACUGGAGAGCACAUUUUCCUCUGUGUGGGAUUGAAUGCCCUGCAGAGCUAAUUUACAGAGAGUGCAUCACAUGUUGUCCUGUUCACUGCAAUACUGAACACAUCUGCAUUGACAACAAACUACAGUGUUUGGAUGGCUGCUACUGUCCAGAUGGGUUAAUCUAUGAGGAUGGCAUCUGUGUGAAGCCAUCAGACUGUCCUUGUGAACACCGGGGAAUGCUCUACCCUUCAGGACACACUAUACAGGAGGAGUGCAACAACUGCACUUGUGUUGGGGGCGUAUGGAACUGCACAGAGCACAGCUGCCCAGGGGAAUGCUCAGUUACAGGAGAUAUGUACUUUCAAUCUUUUGAUGGCCAGGUUUACACCUUCCAGGCUACAUGUCAGUAUGUUUUAGCCAAAAGCCGAAACCCAGGCGGGUUUAUUGUGACAAUCCAGAAUUCCCCAUGUGGACCUAAUUUGGAUGGGGCUUGUAUUCAGUCAGUGAACCUGGUCCUGAAUGAGGACCCUCGCACUGAGGUCACAAUCAGCCACAGUGGGGAGGUGUACAUGGCAAGCCAGAUUCGUGUCUCUCUGCCAUAUUCAGAUGAGAUGUUUCAGAUCCAGGAGCUAUCAUCCAUGUUUGUCCAGUUAAAGACAGUGCAGGGUUUACGGCUUCAGUACAACUGGAAAGAAUUUCGGCUGUACUUGCAGCUUGGAGAACUGUGGAGGGACAAUACAGUGGGGUUGUGUGGUACCUUCAAUGGUAAUAUACAGGAUGACUUUCUUGCACCAUCAGGCAUGAUAGAGAGUUCUCCAAACUUGUUUGGAAAUGCUUGGCGCUUGCCAUCAGCCUGCCUGCCACGGCCCAGUUUACCUCAGCUGGAUCCAUGUGAUACUCAUCAGCAAGCUGCGUCCUAUGCUGUGGAGAAGUGUGACAUAUUGACACAGGAGGUAUUUGCUGUGUGUCAUGAGCAUGUGAGUCCCAUGGCCUUCCAGCUGCAGUGCCGUGCAGAUGUGUGCAGGUGUGGAACGCCGUGUCUCUGUUCUGCUCUUGCCCAUUACAUACGCACUUGCAGGAAGCACAAUAUCAUCAUUGAGUUCCGCUCACAUGUGCCUGAAUGUGCUGUGACCUGUCCGCCAACAAUGGAAUAUGGUGUGUGUGUGUCAUCCUGUGAACGGCACUGCCUCUCCCUGUCACUCCCAAAGGUUUGUGGCGAUGAGUGUGAGGAGGGAUGUGUGUGUCCUCAAGGCACAUACUACAGCAUGCACACACAGACCUGCGUUAAAAGGAGUGAAUGCCCAUGUUCCUUCCUGGGAGCUGAUUACUCUCCUGGAGAUGUGAUUCUGACAUCAUCAGAUAUACAAAUUUGUCAAGAUGGAAAAUUUGUCUCACAAAGCAUUAUUACAGAUAAAUUUUGCCCUCCAGGACAAGUUUAUGAAGACUGUGGGAAUAUGGUGCAAGGACUUUCAGCUAGGAAAGGUUUGGCUUGUGUUCACACUUGUGAGUCAUACUUGCUUAACCUGACCUGCUCCAGUCAUGAGCCCUGUGUGCCCGGCUGUAUCUGUCCACUGGGACUUUUAAAGCAUGGUGAUGAAUGUAUUGAGCCUGUUUCAUGUCCAUGUUUAUGGAAGGGUAAAGAGUAUUACCCAGGGGACAGAGUGUCCUCACCCUGCCACCAGUGUGUGUGUCAGCAUGGUUUAUUCCAGUGCAACUUCCAUCCAUGUGCAUCAAUGUGUACUGUGUAUGGAGAUCGACACUACCGUACAUUUGAUGGAUUGCUAUUUGACUACAUAGGAGACUGUAAAGUUCACCUGAUAAAGAGCUCAACUGAUGUAACAUUGAGUGUUACAGCAGAGAAUGUAGACUGCUUUGAAAGUGGUGUGAUCUGCAGAAAAACCCUUUUUAUAUCUGUUGGGCAGUCCAUCAUUGUUUUUGAUGAUGAAAGUGGUAAACCUAAUCCAUCCAGUGUAAUCGACAGACAGAAUGUGUAUAUCCUUAAUGCAGGCUACUUCACUAUUAUCCAUCUAAAACAGUAUGAGAUAUCAGUGCUCUGGGACAGAAAAAACACCAUCCACAUACAAGCUGGAUCCCAGUGGCAGGGUAAACUAUCUGGUCUGUGUGGGAAUUUUGAUCUUAAAACAGUAAAUGAAAUGAAAACCCCAGAUAACAUGGACGUAUCAACGCCACAGGAGUUUGGCAACAGCUGGACAGCAGCAGAGUGUAUUAAAAGUCCAGAUUUAAGGCAUCCAUGUGCUUUGAAUCCAACCCGGGAAUCUUUUGCCAAAAGGCAGUGUGGGAUUCUCCUCAGCGAAGUAUUCCAAACAUGUCAUCCGGUGGUGGAUGUGACAUCUUAUUAUAUGAACUGCCUGGCGGAUACAUGUAGCUGCAGUCGAGGUGGUGACUGUGAAUGUUUCUGUUCAAGUUUGGCAACAUAUGCUCACAGCUGCUGCCAACAGGGAAUUCCUAUUGAUUGGCGAUCACCCUCCCUAUGCCCAUAUGACUGUGAAUACUACAAUAAAGUUUUAGGUAAAGGUCCUAUUAGGUUGCUGACCUACAGAGAGAGGGAUUUGCUAUUGGCAGCCAACCGGACAAGUGGGUUGGUGUUUCUGAAGAGGGGCGUGUCCAGCAGAGAUGGUCUUGUGACUCUGUUCAUGAUAACUCCAGGGCUCAGUAAAACCCGACCACAUGAUUCAUCAUUAGUAUCAUUUGAGGCAGCAGACAGGCCAAAUUAUUUCCUCCUCACAGAGCGCAGUGGCCACUUAAGGCUGCGUAAGUGGGAGGACAGCAGGGAAUUUUGUGAUUCAGCAACCUUCAUAAUGCAUAGGGAUACUUGGAUCACUGGAUUUGAUUCACUAGAAUCACUUGUGUGGCCUGGAUACUUUCUACACUACAUGCUGUAUAAACUGCAACUCCUGAAAUACAACCACUCACCUCGUUACCGCAGAGCCACUCUCUUCAAACUCGCUGGCAGCACUACAGACUUCUUAAUAAGUCCUCAGUGCCAGUGGAGGUAUGAAUCUUGUACAAGUCCAUGUUUUAGGACAUGUAGUGAUCCGGCAGCUCUGAGCUGUGUCACCACCCUAAAAGUUGAGGGAUGUUUUCCCCAGUGUCCAGCUGAUAUGGUCAUGGAUGAGAUGACUCAAAGAUGUGUCUAUUUAGAUGACUGUAUUAAACCUCCAGUUACACUGGCAGAAUUCAGUUUAACACCUACUGCAAUCACCUCUUCCACUCUGGCCACAGCAACUAUCAUCACCGUCACAUCAACUGAGGCACUCAAUACCACAAAGUCUUCUCCUCCAGAACCUAGAACUACCACUUCUACAACUGUUACUAAACACCAUUCAACCCUGUUGUCUCCACCUAUUACUACCUCUACCAUACCUGUGCCAGAUGACUCAAUGAAGACAUCUACAUUCCAUCCUAAGUCACUGGCUUCUACUGCUAGAAGCAUUACAUUGCUCACUACUACUAUUUUUACUCCUAGUGAAACAAUAAGGACAAUGACUACAACUCCAAGAGUAACACAAUCAGUAUCCAUUAGUACAAAUUUCUCUGUACCCCCCAGCAUGGACAUUUCCACCACCUCAACCAAAUUACUCACUGGGAUAAGUACUCUCCCUUCUAUAUUAGCAUUCACCACAGAGGCCACUACUGAGACCACACCAGAAACAUUCAAAGUACCUUUUAAUACUACCAGCCCUGAACCUGCCACAUUUUCAAAAACUUCCACAGUUAGAAUUACAAUACCUCCUGAAUUGUCUAAAACCAGUACAGAGACUAAGACCUUUUCUGCUGAAAACUUUACAUUGACCAAAUCUCUUGCAUUAGAUUUGAGCACAUCUGCCACCACUGCGCAUCAUAGUGUACCUGCCCCAUUACAGCCCCUUACUGUUAUGCUACCUACAAUCACUCCAAGAUAUUCCACAGAGUUUAUUACAGCUGUCAGUGCCUUCAACACACUAAAAACAACUACAGUGAGUAGUACCAGAGAACCUUUAAUAACACACACCAAAGAAAAAACUAUUCCUACUUCCUCAGCUGUAAUGAAAACAUCCACAACACAUAUCCCCAUGAAACCUAGAGAGUCAACCCAAACACUGUCAUUUACGGCUGCAUAUCCUUUGUCAAAGUACCCUGUGACCAGCAAAACAAUAUCAGACAUCUUCAACACCACAACCCAAAUUACAACAGUUCCUCCCAUGAUCUCUGCAGCUGAGCCAGUGGUAACUACAGCAACUACAACCUUUCAGCCAAUAUCUAUACCUUAUACCACUCAUACAUCCUGGUCUCCUGGUCUCCUACCUAUUGAUGAGACACACACAACCACAUCCUGGAGAAUGAGCCCCAGCACCAGAGGGACCACAUCCACUGAAUCUAUCUCAUAUCAAUCUAUCCCAAAUGAGUUUGAAAGCACAACUAAAGAUGUUACUCUAACAAAAAGCCUCCCAGUGCCAACUUUAACCAUGCACACUAAGGUCCUUCCUUCAGCUACAGCAUACAACAUAUCAACAUUACCACCUUUACAAAUUUUGCACACUCACAAGACAACCCCCAUAACUCCAAUGGUGAGCAAUGGUACUGUAGCUAAAGCUAGUUCUACAGAGUCACAUUUAGGUCCUCUUUCAUAUUCAUCCUCAACUUAUGCUCAUCUCUCAGAGAAAAUCAGCACUUUCACGACACAGCCUUCUACCACAACUUCCACAUUAGCAGAUGAAAUCAUCAUUAAAACAACACUUCAAGCAUAUACGCCUGCAGUUACAGUUUCACCUCAAACACAGGUGGCCGGUUCAGCUUCCACAUCCAAAACAACUGAGCCUCGUGCACCAACCACAGAGACUGUGUUUACCUCUUACUCACCCACUGUCAGCUCUGGGACCAUCCAUCAUAAAAUGGAGACGACUCAUUUCUUUCCUCACACUGAAAAAUUUGAGAUUUUUACUGAUAAAUCCUUGCAAUCAUGGUUACAGCCUACUUCCAGUCCCAGAAUGACUUCAUACACAGAAAGACCAGAGGCAAUGAUAACUCCCAACAUUUCAACUGUUCCUUCAACCAUUCACAAAACAUCCAAAAUCACCAUGACAACACACUUUCUUCCCCCAGUAGUCACUGAAAAAUCAAAAACAAUUACAUCCACAGAGAAAAUGCUAGAUACCACUGUUUAUUUAGAGAGAGCAAAGACUGUUUCACAAACUAGCUCUUUAAGUCCAUUAACAUUUUCAACCAUUCCUAGUACAAAGACACCACUUCAAAAGACUGAAAACCAAACUGCAGUGGGCCCCAAUGCAACAUCAGUCAGGACAAGCACAUCAACCACUGUUCCCACUGCCCCACAUGAUAAAACUACUGUCUCUGCAAGAACAAUCUCUCUUACCAUGUCCCCAUCAGAUUGGCAACUGGUGGAUAAGAUGACAUCAGCAACACACAUAACCACAGAAGAGCUACCAUCACCAGACAGUUCCCAAACUUCUAGCUCUGCAUUACUUAUCACACCCACCACACUUUACACAACAAGGACAAAGCAAUGGAUAACCCCAAAAGAGGAAUUUCUACAUUUAACUCCUUCAGUUUUGCCCACUUCAUCAAAGGAUGUUAGUGUCAUCAAAGUCUGCACUCCACCAUACUCUUUGGUAGUAGAUGAGUGCACUAAGCUCAUUUGUGUGAAUGGCCAGCUGAUCUUAUUUAAUAAGUCCCAGAGCUGCCCCUAUGACUCCAGCCCUCCAAACUGUGGUCUACUUGGCUUUGCUGUGCUGGUCAACGGAGACAAGUGCUGCCCAAAAUGGGACUGUCCAUGUCGGUGUUCAGUAUUUCCAGACCUAAAUAUUGUCACAUUUGAUGGGAACAGUGUAGCCCUUUACAAAGCAGCAGCAUACGUGGUGACACAACUCAUGAAUGAGACUGUCACCAUCCUGGUGCAGGAGUGCCUCAUCUCAGACAGCACACUUGUCUGGAACUUUACUCACUUGUGCCUGGCAGCUCUAAACAUUACGCAUGACUCCAAACAGGUGCUUGUUAAUCGUUUGCAGAGACGGGUAUAUAUUAACUCAAGAUAUGCAAUGCCACGUUUAAAAAAGGAUGGUUUUGAGGUUCUAGAUACAGGUAACAUGUAUCUGAUACGGACUCCUGCUGGCCUGAAGAUCCAGUGGUUCCACAGCACAGGCAUGAUGGUGAUUGAAACAGAGACUCGUGCCGAUAAGGCCUCCACCAUGGGGUUAUGUGGUUGUUGUGAUGGUAACUCACUAAAUGAUUUGAUAUUAGCCAAUGGUACUGUAGUGGCUGAUGCUGAAGAUCCAGCUGUUUUCAUUGAUAGUUGGCAGAUUCCCAACACUACAAGUUAUGUUGGCCUGAGCAGGAGAAGGGAGGCUAACUGCUCUACUAGUGAUUGCUCUGACUGCCUCAAUAUGCUCCACAACCUCACUUUCACUGCCUGUCAUUCUUAUGUUCCACCAGCUACAUUUUGUGAAGUAUGGGUACGAGAUGCGGAGUAUGUGAAUAACCGUUGUGUGGCUCUUGCUGCAUAUGUUGCCUCCUGUCACAAAUUUAACAUCUGUAUCGAGUGGAGAAGCCAAGACUAUUGUCCAUUUGUGUGUCCUGGGAAACUGCAAUACCAGGCAUGUCUCCCUGCUUGCACAGCUCUUUCAUGUCCUAAUAAGGAGUUUGAGUAUGAUGCUGUACAGUGUUCAGGCAUGUCCGAGGGAUGCAUGUGUCCAGAGGGGACAUUACUUCAUCGACCAUUCUCUGCACUCUGCAUCUCACCUGUGAAAUGUGCCUGUACAGAUAGUUUCGGAUCUCCCCGUGCCUUGGGUGAGGUUUGGAAAGCGUCAGUGGAUGGAUGCUGUAUGUAUCGGUGUGAGAGUGAUGGCAUUGUGCCUGUAGAGUUUGAGUGCAGUGAUAUUCCCCAGCCAGUCUGCACAAGAGCAGGAGAGAUCAGCGUUAGCCUGGCAGAUGACAACAACUGCUGCACCCAAAGAGUCUGUGUGUGUAACCAGAGCGCAUGUGAGACUACUUCAAUGAACUGUGGAUUUGGACAGAAGAUGGUGUUGUACUUCAGACAGGACUCAUGCUGUCCACAGUACACCUGUGAGUGUGAUCCUGACCAGUGUGUGCUAGAUGUCCCUGUUUGCAGAGAGGAUCAGACACUAAUUGCCACUCGCACUGAAGGAAGCUGCUGUCUGGCGUAUAUUUGCAUGUGUGCCAUAUGUUCAGAGGUGAUUCCAGAGUGUGAAGAUGGAGAGCUGCUUACUGUGGAGCCAAAUAGUACAGAUCGCUGCUGUCCCAUAUAUCACUGUUUGUGUGAGACUUCCAGGUGUUCAGUCAUCACAUGCCCAUUAGGAAUGGUUGCUGUUUCCAAUAUUGUUCCAAAGCAGUGUUGUCCAUCACAGGAAUGUAAAUGUGCAUGUGAGACAAUCUCUCAACCUAAAUGUGCCAUGGGUGAGAAUUUGCAAUUAAACAGAGCAUUUAUAGCAGACUCUGAGAAUCCCUGCGGAUGCAAACAUUUUCACUGUGUGAGAAGUGCAGUGUGUGUGGAUGGAUAUAGGGGAAUAAUGAGACCAGGACAAACUUUGAUGGAGCACAGUGCUUUGGGAGUCUGUUAUACCACCAGAUGCACGCACUCAUUUGACUCUGCUACUGGGUUCUACCUCAUAAAAGCAACCAGUAUUAACUGCACUGCACAGUGUCUGCCAAACCAGGUUUAUCUACCCCCUAAAGACCAGAGUGCAUGUUGUGGAGUGUGUAAGAAUGUAUCCUGUAUGUACCACAAUGACAGUGGAUCACUAGUUUUGUACAAGCCUGGGAAGAGCUGGGUGUCUGACUGCAUGCGCUAUGAAUGUGCAGACACACAGUCUGGACCAGUACUGGUGUCUUACUCUUAUAGCUGCCCCCCCUUUAAUGAAACAGAGUGCAUGAAGAUUGGAGGCACAGUAAUGACAUACAUGGAUGGAUGCUGCAAAACAUGCACUGGACAGUCAAUCUUCCCCUUCCUUGUUAACACACUGAAACCCACCACUAGUACUAACUGUGACCGAGGCAAAGAGGAUGGAAAAUCAUGUCAGAAAGUCACUGUGCGGAUGACAAUAAGGAAAAAUGAUUGCCGGAGCAAUAGACCAGUGAACAUAGUGUCCUGUGAUGGCAAGUGCCCUUCAGCUAGUAUUUACAACUACAAUAUCAACACUUAUGCACGGUUUUGUAAAUGCUGUAGGGAGAUGGGUCUUCAGCGGCGCUCUGUCCAGCUGUACUGCAGCGGCAACUCCACAUGGGUAAACUACUCAAUCCAAGAACCUACAGACUGCUCUUGCCAGUGGUCAUAAAACACACAUACACACAUGCCUCAAAUGAAAAUGUCAGCUUCACAACUCUGUAUAUUCAUAUUCUCUAGAAUAACAAAGGGCAUUCUAAAACUGGAUAAAAAUUUAUACUGUUGUAACUUGAACAUGUAUUUCUGAACUUGAAUAUAUUUUAUACAGAGUUACACUGGCAAACAUUCAGAAAUAUUUACCUAGCUGAAUAUGCUUUUGCUCAUGGCUUGUACAGUUCUCCUUUUGGAAUUUGAUGUGAGGGGGAAAAAAGGAGCAAACCAGAAAAAUUCAAUAAACUUGGUAAACAUAUUAGAUGCAUUUAUAGAAAACGUUACUUCUUAAUGUACUUCUUAAGUGAUUGAUUACUGAAUAUAUUAAUCUGUUGCCUUUUAAUAACUAAAAUUGUGCUGUGUUUUGUAAACAUUAACUAUUUAUAAUAUUAUGAGUACAACUUCAAAGUCCAUGAGAACUAGAACACACUGAAGAAAAAAAAUGAUAUUUGGUCAAACUGAUAAUUGUAGUAUUAUAAUUGAUAAUGAGUGUUUAAGACUAAUUUUAAAUACUUUAUGAAUCUUCCUACCUAAGCAAUUUAUUUUCUGAAUAUACUGUGUAUCAUAGUACAUUAUAUGUGCAGUGUAUUUUCAUUUUCAAUAAAACAAUUAUUUUUUAAAAAUGAUUUGAUUUACUCC